AUGUGUAUCUCGCACUUUCUCAUUGCUGGGGCGAUCUUCCAAUUACUCAAAAAAGAAGCGUUCUGCACAAGUCAAGGCAACCUAGCUGGGAGGAGAAACGGCUUUCACGUAUCUGAGCUACCCAAGACAUUUCAAGACGCGGUCAAAGUAGUCAGAGCGGUUGGUUUCCAGUAUGUUUGUAUCGACUCAUUUUGCAUUAUUCAAUCUGGGGACGAUAGUGAGGAUCGGAGGCGUGAAACCGAUCAGAUGAAGCAUGUAUAUUCAAAAGCUCACUGUGUGAUCGCUGCAACCGCAGCUAUCGACUCAUGUUCUGGGUUCUUGCACAGUCACAUUGGUAGCAGACACUUCGAAACCGAACAUGUCUACGUUCAAGGAAACGCAGGCAAUCUGUUUUAUAUCAGUACUGAUAUCGAUGAUUUUGACAGUGAUGUUGUACACCCCGGGUACAAUGAUCCUAUGAGGGAUUGUAUCUUUUUCUUGAUCGAAGGAUACUCAAGACGCGAUAUCACAUUUCCCAAGGAUCGACUUAUUGUAAUCUUGGAAUUAGAAGACCGCGUCGCAGAGGCACUCUUCUGUGAAAGCAGAUUCGUUACCUUCGAGAGAUUUCUCCACCGCGGCCUUAUGUGGACGGUAUCUGGUGAAAAUUCGGCAAGGAUCAAGUAUGAAAAUUUGGUCCCUUCUCGGUCAUGGCUAUCGUGUUCUGGACGGAUCGAUUGCUCGAAAGAAGAUAUCGGUAAAAUCAAAUUGAACAGACGUAUUGCCUUCCAGAAAGACCGCAGAGACGCGUUGGUCGCGGAUCUGGGUGCAUUCGUGAACUGUACACUGAAGCCAGAAACCGACUACUACGUUCUCCAGGACGGAACAGGGAUAAUGAAGGGAUGGUUGAAACCUGAUGAAUAUACCGACAGGCGCGAGAUUGAGCAGUAUGCAGUGAUGGCGGUUGUGUCGAACGGCGACGGCGACGGCGACGAGUAUAGGAGGAUUGGCAUCGGUGAGGUUGAAAGCAGCUGCAUCGUCAAGGUGCAAGACACAGUGUACAUUGUCUAG